AUGGGCACGAGAACGGACAUCGUUUCGAGAGUGUGCGAUGCGACGUCGUUACCGAAAAAUGUUUACACGAGAAACGGCGGAAAAGCGACGAAAAAUAGUAAGUGGGCGUCGCUUUCGCGAGCUAAACUCGAUGUGGUGGAGGACUUGAUGCUUCACGGAGUCGGACCCGUGGUCUGGAUCGACCUCGACACGCUCGUUUUCGUGGACUUGGCGCGCGCGUUUCAGCGCGGCGCGUCGACGUGGUUAGUAGGUUAUCAGAGAGGAAUGCAGUGUACCGGCUUGAAGAGUUGCGUUGGGUCACACUUUCGUUCCGUGCGUCCGGAGUUUGACGUGCUCGGCGACUUGUGGUCGCUCGAUUUAGCCGCAAUAGAGAAAGUGAGAGAUUACGAACGCCGAUGGGUGUCGUCGCGAUGGGUAAGAAAGCCGCCAAAGUACGAUCUCCAGGCGUAUUUCAGUCUCAUGCUCGAAAAUGGUGUACUGGCCGAGAACGUUUUGCUUCACAACAUUCUACCGGACCUCAAUUUUGGUUUCACGUGCUCAAACUUUGAGCACCCAACGUCGACUAAUAUGGAAAUUUCUGUCGAUAGCGACGACGCACAGCGUCUGAGGUGCCCUAUUCCAAAAGGCGUGAAAAUGUCACCGCGAGUAGGAACUCUUUCGUUCACCGCGUGGUCGUUUCAAAAGAUGUUUUUGGAUGAAGAAAAGCCGACGUUUGAUUCGCUUUCUGACGAUCAAGAUGUUCGCGCUUGGUUCGCGCGAUGGUUUUACUCGCCGCUCUGA